GAACGAAAUGAAGCGGCUUUCAAAAUUGGCCUUUGAAUUGGCCUUCAGUUCAAUGUGUUUUGUAUAAGCAGCAACAACAACUUUGCCAUUUUACUUUUCCUUGGUUUAAACUCUAACUCAUACAAAACCAUCUUUUUUUCAUAUGUAAAGCUACAAACUGAAUUUGUUUUUUUUUGUUAUUAUUUUCUUAUAGUUGACCAAAAUUGUUGUCUCAGUUAAUUAGAGUUGUGUUAUCAAAUCAUUUAACCAAUCUGGAUUAUUUAGUGUAAAGUUAAUUGUGAUUUGCUUGGGAAAAAACUAGCAACCGAAACAAACAAGAAACUACUGCAAUGGGAAAACUGAUUCUAAUAAGAAGGAGAAAUGUUUGACUGUUUUCAAGCAAACUUGCCAUUGUCAACCCAAUUUUACAUGGUUAUGUCAUCAUCUAUAAUUUUUAACCAAGAUGCCCAUCGAGUAAUUGAAAAUGUUCAAUGUAUCAUGAUAACAUGAUUGCCAAGUAUCUCAAAAUGAAUUGACCAAGCAAUAAGAUAGAAAAUUAUUUAUGAGAAUUUCAUUAUUUUUCAAAUGAAAAAAUUACAGUGUCAAUGAUUCCUUUUCAGAUUAAACAAAGUGAAAAGUAUCUUGUAAAGUCAUCUGAAACCAAGUUUAUUCAUUUCAAGAAUAAACUGUUAACUUAAAUGUGGACAUUGAAUGUUAAUACAAUGAGGACAAUAAAGUGGAUAACCUGUUUAAAAUCAUCUAGAAUGGUGUUUGGUUUGCCUGAAAAAGGAUAACCAUGAAAUAUUUUCCUCGACUUUGUGUUUCAAGUGAUUGAAAUUUCAUUUUUUUAUAUUUUAACUCAACAAGCCAACGGAAGCCCAAACAUGUUUGCUUCACCCAAAUCAAGAUCUAAUUCAAGAUCUUCUUCAAAUUGCUCAUCUUUACUGUUAUCAACGAGAAAUUUGAUCCAUUUAGGGUCAAAAAGGACGACUAACAUUUUGUUAUUAUUAGGAAUAAUUUCUAGAUUAAUUGUGAUAAGCUUAGUGUAUUGUUACUGCACCAUUUUACCAAUUUCAUCAGCCUCAUCAAUUUCCUCAUCAUCUUCAUCUUCAUCAAGUGAUACCUUUUAUUUUGAAAUAGCUGAAAACACACCACCAGGUCGAUUGGUAGGCCAAGUACCAAUUAAACCUGGUUUCACUUAUCGGUUUAAUGUUGAACUGCCAGAGUUUAGAUUUGAUCAAUCUUCUGGUUCAAUAUUAACAACUUCAGUUGCCACCGAUCGAGAGAUUCGUGAUUUUUAUCAUCUCGUUUUGUUAAGCAGUUCACCAACUUAUCCAAUUGAGAUACGGAUAAAAGUGACCGAUGUAAAUGAUAAUCCACCCUAUUGGCCGCCCUACAUUAAUAGGAAUAUAUCUUUCAGUGAAUCAGCUCCAAUUGGUACUAAACUAAUUCUGGAGACAGCCAUUGAUCCCGAUGAAGGUGCCUUAACUUAUGAAAUUGUACAGACAACCAGAGCAUCAUCCGAGUCACCCUCAACCAUUUCAACAUCAACAAUACCAACAACCUCAUCAUUACAAAAUGAACCUUCUUUCAACGGGUCAUCUUCAUCAUUAGCUGCCAUUUUACCUUCAGCAUCAUCGCUUGUGUCAUUCAAUGAGUUACCCUUCAAAUUAAGCUACAACGUUUCCUCAUCUUUCCUCCAUCUAGAAGUAGCCGAUUCACUUGAUAGGGAAACUCAGGCCAAUUACAUUGUUAAUAUAUCAGCUGUUGAUGAUGGUGGACUUUCUGCCUUUUUAACUCUUCACGUAACCAUACUGGAUGUCAACGAUAACCCGCCAAUAUUUGACCACUCUGACUAUACUGUUAGUCUCAAUGAGACUGUUGGUAAAAGUGUACCAAUCCUUCAAGUGAGGGCAACCGAUGCCGAUGAAGAGGGAAAUGAUAAUACAGCCAUCAGUUAUUAUCUGUUGUCUGAAAAAUAUUUCACCAUUGAUCCUGAAACCGGAGUCAUUUACACUGCCCAAGAAGGUCCCAUAGACUGUGGAACCACGCCAAUCUCAUCGCCAUCGCCACCAUCUCCACUCUCGACAGCCUCACUUGGGUCAACAUCUAGUUCCACUGGGUACAAAGUUUGUGUGUUUACCGUGUUUGCUCACGAUCAUGGGACACCAAGACAAAAUGGACGAGCUUACAUUACUGUAAACCUUUUAGAUACCAAUGAUCAUGAUCCUGUGAUUAAAUUUCGUCAUCUCUCUCGAUCUGAGAUUGCCUCAGUUGAUGAAAAUGCUGUCAAUGGAAGUGUUGUCACUGCCAUUUCAGUCUCUGAUAAUGAUCAUGGUCCAAAUGGUGAGACUUCAUUGAUAAUUGCUUCUGGUAAUGAAAUGAACCAUUUUCGUCUUGAAUCAAUUGGCACUUCUCACAUCAUUCGUGUCAAUGGAUCACUUGAUCGUGAAAAGAUGUCACAAUACAAUUUAACCAUAAUUGCUCGAGAUUACGGGUUACCAGCUCGAUCAUCAACCGCUAACCUUGUUAUUAUUGUUAAUGAUGUAAAUGACCAUGAACCUGUUUUCAAUCGUGAUAUCUAUGAAGUUAAUUUGGUUGAAUCGCUUCCCAUUGGAUCCUUUGUAGCUUCCAUUGGUGCCGUUGAUUUAGAUGAAGGAAUCAAUGCAAAAUUGUAUUACUCUCUAAGUGGACCUAAUGCUCACUUCUUCCAGAUUGACACUCUCACUGGUUUGGUAACAACUGAAAAGGUUAUCAAUCGUGAGGAGACACCAGUUUUUGAGCUUAAAGCUACCGCUCGUGAUGGUGGGCCUAACCCUAAAUGGGCUUAUGCAACCCUUAAAAUUAAUAUGUUGGAUGUUAAUGAUGAAGUACCAAGCUUAAUUUUACCUAAAGAUUCUGUCAUCUACGAUAAUUCAAGUUCAGCUUAUAUUUAUGAGAUUGAAGAAUCAAAUAAACUCAACAUUCCCUUAAUAACAGUUGACCGUGAUCUUGGAGCUAAUGGUACAGUUGAUUGUAACUUAUUGUAUAAAUAUGGUGGCCUCUUUCAAAUUAUUGACUCAUCAACAGGAACCGGUAGUCAACAUGCACUAAUUUCAACUCGUGAACUUGAUUAUGAGAAGUGCUCUCAAUACCGAUUAUCAAUUCUUGUCAAAGAUCGUGGUCUACCCGGUCAUCAACUCAGUUCAUCUUUAACAUUGAUUAUCCGCAUUAAAGAUAAAGAUGAUCACCGUCCAAUUGUUUAUCCAUCAACCUACUUUGCCUUCAUUCCAAUUGACUUUUCAUCCCUCAACUAUUCAGUUGUUGUUAGUCGAGUUUUAAUUCGUGAUCGAGACAUCUUAACACCAGUAACUUUUGCCAUGGAUAAUAAUAACCAGAACAACUUGAUAAGCUCAAUACUAUCUCUCAAUAGUCGCACCGGUGAGAUUAAUUUAAAAACUGGUUCUCGGUCUGGAUCAUUUAGCUCAUCUAAUUUACCAUCACUAUUACGUUUCAAUGUGACUUGUAAAAAUUGUGAGCCCACUCGAUCUCGAGCUUCAUUCAAUGUUUACACUUUAACCGAUGAAAAUAGGAAAUCGGUUGAAUCUUUGAAACGAAAUUAUGAAUUUGAAAUAAAUGAAUCAGCUGGUAUUGGAGCAAUAAUUGGUAAAAUUGAACUUGAUGCUGGUAAAUUUGAUUUGACAAUAGUUUCAGGUGAUCCAAUUGGCCUUUUCUCUGUUGACCGUCAUUAUCUCAAAGUUGCUGGUCAGCUUGACAGAGAAACUCAAAGUACUUAUACACUUCAAUUGGUUGCCUUUAACGAGAAAGCAUUCCUUCAUAUUGAUGUUCAUUUAUCUCUCAUUGAUGUCAACGAUAAUCAACCUUUAUUCACUGAGCAAUUCAUUGAGCUUACUUUGCCUGUCGAUGUUCCACCAAAAUUAACAAUUUACAGAUUAAAUGCCAUUGAUGCUGAUCAAUCCGCCUCUGCAUCCAGAAUUGCUCAUCCAAGUCGGACAACAUCAUUAUCCUCAUCAACAACCUCAGUUAAUCCUACUCCAGUCAGCUUAGAUAUUAGGUAUGAUCUCAUCUCGAACCCUGAUCAUCUUUUAUUCAUCAAAGGAAACGAGCUCAAAGUUAAUCGUAGCUUGUCAUCUUUAUAUCCACCCGGAAGACGCUAUCGAUCUCAUAAUGAUGCUCUUGAUUUCAUUACAUUUGAAGUGAUGGCAACUGAUCCUGGAGCAACAACACCAUUUGAUACCAGUGUUACAGAUCAAAGUCAAACAUCUUGUGGUACUUUAAAUCGCCUAACUAUCCAUAUUAUUGUGAAAGCUGUGAAUACAGCGAAACCACGCUUUGGAUCAACAUUGUAUGAAAUAAGUCUUAGUGAGUCAAUACCGGUCAACAGUCAAUUUUUGAAUAUUGCUGCUACCGAUGACGAUGGUGAUCCAAUUGGAUAUAAAAUAACUUCUGGUAAUCUUGGUGAAUCUUUUGGUAUCUUUCCCAAUGGUCAAUUGUAUGUGAAACGUCCAUUAGACCGAGAGACUGUUGAAACAUAUUCUUUAACCAUCAUUACCUUUGAAACUAAUCCAGAUUCAUCAGACCAUUCAUUAUCCUCAUCAUCUUCUGAAUCAACAUUCAAAUCAUAUUAUGAAAGCCGCUCAACAACCCAAGUGAUAAUACAUUGUGUAGAUGAAAAUGAUAACCCGCCAAUAUUUGCCAAUAAAACAUUUCACUUUCGUUUAGAAGAAAAUUGCCAAGAAAAUACUCCAAUUGGCCAAUUACAAGCAUGGGAUGCUGAUAAAGGUGCCAAUUCAGAAAUUUUUUAUUCUCUAUCUGAGUCAAAUGCAACAGGAUUAGUUGAAAUCGAUCCAUAUUCUGGCCAUCUUUGGUCAAAAGUAACAUUUGAUGCAGAAACAACGCCUUACCUAACCUUAGAGGUUUACGCCAUAGAUCAAUCCUUUGAAUCUCAACGGUUAACUUCAACAGCUACUGUGAUAGUUGAAAUUGUUGAUGUUAAUGACAAUCCACCAGUUUUUAUAUCAUCCUCAUUCUCACCAUCAUCUCCAUCUAAUGAUAUUAACAACGAUUUGACAGGUGAAAGUUCAUCAUCUUCCUCUGUUAGGACAUCAAUUUAUCCAGUUGAAAGUUUUAGCUUGAGUGAAGAUACGCCAAUUGGAGCUCGUGUGGCCAAAAUUGAAGCCUCUGAUGCUGACCAAAGCAGUGUUGUGGUUUACAAACAAUUAGACUCAACAGUCCGUGACUCUUUAACUAGUGAGAAUAAUAAGGAUAAAAUAAAAGGCGUCGGCGGUGGAGGAGGGAUUAAUACAAGUAGCCAUGUUAACAGCAUUAGCAUAAACAGCUCUGGCGGCUAUUUUAAUUUAAACAGUACAACCGGUGUGUUAACUUUAGCCCGAUCCAUUGAUCGUGAGGUAACCAAUCAAGUUGAGUUACUUGUUUCGGCUGAUGAUGGUUUUUAUACCUCCUACAAGUUACUCAGAUUCGUGAUUGAAGAUGUUAACGACAAUCCACCUAAAUUUGUUAAUUUUCCCAGUUCACCUGUCACUUUACCAGAAGAUGUUAAAGUAGGCUCAAUUGUGUUAACAUUGAAUGCAAUUGAUCCCGAUCUCAGUGAUACUGGUUCACCAAUCCGAUAUGAAUUGACUCAAUCCUCAACACUGGAGAGAAAACGUAAAUUAUUUGAGAUUUCCGAGUCAUCAGUAAUUAUCGUUUCUCCAUUGGAUUACGAGACUGAAAAUCGCCAUUAUCUAAAUAUUAGUGCCAUUGAUGGAGCUGGACAUAGAAGUGACAUUCAAAUGCUAUCAAUUGUUGUCACUGAUGUUAACGAUUGCUCGCCUACUUUUAAUUUAAAUCAUUUAUCUCAACAAACCAGCUCAUCAUCAAUUCCAAGUCUCUCAACACAAUCAGAUGUAGUUAGAGUUCUUGAAAAUAUUGAAAUUGGAUCUAAACUCGUCAAUUUAGCUGCUUAUGAUUGUGAUUCUGGAGAUACACUAAUCUAUGAGAUUAUUACAUGCGAGGUUCGCAAAGGCGAUGCAUCUUAUUCCUCUUCUUCUCAUGGCACAUCUUCAGGAGAUGCUCUUGUUACCCGACAUCCAUCAGGUCGAUAUUUAAAACUAUCAGAGCAACUUGAGACGGUCGCUUGUCCUGUAACAAUUAACCCCACCAACGGUGAUCUAGUAUCAACCAAUAGUCUUGAUCGUGAAACUGCUGAAACAAUAUCAGUAUCUAUUAGGAUACGAGAUAAAGUUGGUCAUUCGGUACUGAAACAGGUUACCCUGUUGCUUGAGGAUAUCAAUGAUAAUUAUCCUGAAUUUGUUUCACCUGAUUUGUUCCUCAUCUCAGGCCAUAAGAUAGAAGAGAAUCAAAUUAUCGGAACUGUAAAAGCCAUUGAUGUUGAUGCUGGAAUAAAUUCGGUGAUUACCUACAAACUGGCUUCAACCGAAUCAUCAUCAGAUUAUCUGGUUAUUGAUCCAAGAUCGGGUGAUGUAAGGACAAGACGACCAAUUGAAGGUUACAUUAAUCGACCAAUCAAUUUGCUUGCCAUUGACGGAGCAGGUCUAGUUACCUCAGAUACAGUUACCUUUAUCCAUCUACCUCAAAACCUUGAUACCAAGUCUCAUGAGAAAAGUGAUUUAUCCCUGGAAGUCUAUGAGAAUGAACCUGUUGGAUUGAGAUUACACAAAUUCAAAUGUUCAUCUGAUCGUUUGGAGAAGUGUGAAUUUUAUGUUCUCAAAGCAGCCGAUAGAACCAUUGCCGUUGAUCGGCAUUCCGGAGAUCUGUAUAUCCAAUCCAAUUUAGACCGUGAAACAAUAGAUUCCUAUUCAAUUGAAAUCGUCUCCAUUCAAGGAUAUGAACUCUAUCUAACCACGGUUAACAUCAAAGUACUGGAUAAAGAUGAUAACCCACCCAGCUUCAAAUCAACUGGAUCUUCAAUAUUGGUCAGUGAGGCGACUCCACCGGCCAGUGAAUUGUUUGAUCUAUCAACAAUUACCCGUGACCCUGAUGUAUCGUCCAAAAUUGAAUACAAAUUAAUUAAUUGUUCUCGUUGCUUUGAACCAACCUUUCGUGUUGAUACUUUCACUGGCAAAAUCAUUUUACAAAAACCUCUUGAUCGUGAAACAAUUGACAGUUACACAUUAAUUGUUGGCGCUUCCGAUUCAUUUCAUUUAACCACCAAAAAGAUUCAGAUAAUCGUUACCGAUGUAAAUGAUAAUGCACCUCACUUCAGAUCAAAACAGUAUUACUUUGAUAUACCUGAAAAUAUGGAUCGAGGAUUAGUUGUUGGAUCUAUUGAAGCUUUUGAUCUUGAUCUUGCACCUCAUACAUUAACAUAUGCAAUGGUAUCAGAUGGUUCAUUUGGUGGACCUGAACCUGAAGAAUACAUUUUCAAUUUAAAUGAGAAAACUGGAAAAUUUACUUUAAUGCGACAUCUUGAUUAUGAAAGUGAUCCUAAUCAUUUUAUAAUUACUUGUGAAGCCUUUGAUGGAUUAUAUCGAAGUGAACAAAUUAAUGUUUAUUUCAAUUUAAUCAAUCUAAAUGAUAAUUGGCCCAUCUUUGAUCCAGCAACAUACAAAGUUGAACUACUUGAAAAUGUAACCUUAGGUCAUCAGGUUGUAUGCCUUUCCGCCACCGAUGCAGAUGCUUAUGAUGCUAUUAAUGAAGUUUAUACCUUCAAUGGAUCAUCAUCUUCAUCAUCCGCUGUCAACUAUUAUUUCAAAGACACCGAGACUCUGGGUUUAACUUCAACCAAUGAAAUCAGUAAAUUUGUUUCUGGUCCAUUCAAAAUUGACGGAACCUCUGGUUGCAUUGAAUUGGUUGACCCUUUAGACCGUGAAAUGGUCACUCAUUAUGAUUUAGUUGUGAUUGCUGAUGAUGGUUACCACCGUACAAGUGCAUCUGUAGCCAUUAAGGUGAAAGAUGUCAAUGACAAUGAUCCAGUAUUUGACCGUCGAACUCCAACCAUUUUAAGGAUUCCUGAAAAUCUUGGACCUGAUUCACUCGUCUAUGGAUUCAAGGCUGAUGACGCCGAUGGAGUGCCCAACAAUUAUGUCCGUUAUGACCUGGAAAAUGGGAAUCCCAGUGGAAAUGGUGAUUUCCCUUUUGCUAUUGGUCCAAUCAAUGGACUUCUCAGACUAACUGGAAGACUUGACCGAGAAACAACCGACACUUAUUCACUGAUUGUUCGUGCUCGAGACUAUGGAGGUAGAUCCAGAUCAAUAACGGUGACUCUUCAUGUUUCAGAUGUAAAUGACAAUUCGCCCAGCUUUGAACAAUCAGAGAUUCAGGUUUCCAUACCAGAAAAUGCUUCUCUCCAAUCAACUGUUGUCCGUCUUCGUGCUUAUGAUCAAGAUUCACCAGAUAAGAUCAGUUAUCGAAUCGCAUCUGGUGAUGUAUUUGGUCACUUUGGGAUAUUUGAAGACACAGUUAUUGUUACCAUGGCUUUGGAUUAUGAAACGAUUCCGAUCUAUGAUUUACAGAUUCAAGCCAUUGAUGAAGCUGGAAACAGUGACACUGCUCGAUUGGUUAUCAACUUAGUGAAUGUUCACGAUCAACCACCAACCUUUGUGGCCUCACCUUAUAGUGUUAAUUGGUGUGAAAAUGAAGUUGGACCCAUUGGUUAUUAUCAAGCAAUUGGUGAAACAAUCGACAAAUCAUCUGGUCAACCAGAAUUGAAUUAUCUACUUAAAAACAAUCAUGAAGGUUAUUUUGAGUUAAAUUCAACUUCAGCUCUUCUUUCAGCCAUUAAACCAAUUGAUCGUGAAUCUUUGGGAAAAACUAAUUCAAGUGGGUUUAUUGAGCUUCGGAUCAUCGCCAUAGAUAAACGCCUUCCUAGACUAACUGGUGAAGGAAUUGUCUUGGUUAACAUAAUUGAUGUAAAUGACAAUCGACCCAAAUUUUCAUCACCAAGCUAUUCAUUUGAAUUGGUUGAAAAUUCAAUUCAUAUGGCUGGUAAACCUUUUGGAUCAGUGAAAGCUAGUGACUUUGAUUUGACUGAUACAUUGAGCUAUCAAAUAGUUGAAGAUGAUUCUGAUCAUUUGUUUAGUGUCGACUCCCAUUCAGGUCAACUGUUUCUCCAAAGUGAUACAUCUUUUGACCGUGAACAAAGGUCAGCAUAUCAUUUAACCAUCGAAGUGAGUGAUUCAAAGUGGACCGAUACAACAAAAACAACCAUUUCAAUUGGAGAUGUUAAUGAUUGUAAACCAGUCUUUCGAUCUCUCAACGGUCAUCCAAUUGAUUCUCAAAUUGGUCGUGUCACCUUGAAAAUGGCCUCACAAAGAUUAGCUUUACUAUCAAAUGAUCUUUUCCUAUUUGGACUAGUUGUUACCGAUUGUGAUCUCAUUGGAAGUGCAAAUGCUCGUGUUCAAUUCAAUCUUGAAACACUCAACGGUCCCUCAACUGAUGGAUUAUUUACAAUUGAUGAACGCACCGGUGUAAUAAGAUCAACACGUUCCCUUGAAGCCAAUUCAAGCUAUUCAAUUAAAAUCAUUGCCGAAGACAUGGCACUUCGAAAUCGCCUUGACAAUAAUCUCAUUGUAGACUUGAUGGUCAACAAUGAUGGAGACUCACGUAAACCUAAAAGGUUGAUUGAAUUGGUUCAUAAAAUAUCUGUCAGUGAAAAUGUUAAACCUGGUAAAAUUGUCCACUCAUUUGGUCUACUUCCUGAUAUACCUUCAACAUCAUCCGAUUCAGUUUCCCUAAUUAUAAUUGGUGGCGAUCCAUCAGGCAAUUUUCGCAUUGACCGUAAAUAUCUAAGAAUUGGGAAACCCUUGGAUUAUGAAGAAGCAACUUCAUAUGAAUUGUACAUUGAAGCUUCAUUGGAUGAUUAUUACGAGAUUAGUGUGGUCAAAGUUGAGGUAAUCAAUGAGAAUGACAAUCCACCCAAAUUUGACCAUGAAUUGUACAAUGCAACAAUUGUUGAAGAAAUAGAUGAACCAGUUUUGGUCACUUCUCUUGGAGCAACCGAUCGUGAUUUAGUUGAUGAAGAAGACAAUGAAUCAGAUGGGAAAUUACGUUAUUUCAUUGAAUCACCCAAAGAUACUCCUUUCCGGAUCGAUGAAAAAUAUGGCACUCUUUGGACAACUCGGAAAAUCGAUCGAGAAACAACUGCUUCCUUUGAGUUAACCAUGGGUGUGAGGGAUGAAGACGGCCUCACUGGACGUACUCGAGUUUUAAUUACGGUUCUGGAUAAAAAUGAUAACCCACCAAGAUUCACUCGGUUAUUUAGUGUCAACAUCACUGAAAAUGCUCCCAUUGGUUCAGUAGUUAUCCAAGUGACUUCAUCUGAUCGUGAUGAAGGUUCUUAUGCUCAAGCCAUUUACUCAUUGUUGGGUCACUCAGAGGCAUUUGACAUUCGCCCCACAACUGGUGAAGUAUUUGUUACUGGACCUUUGGAUCGUGAAAUUCAAGAUGAAUACUUGCUCAUGGUUUCAGCCAAUGAUGGAAGCUGGAAAGCUCAAACAACGUUAACAAUCAACAUUAUUGAUGAGAAUGAUAAUGCACCAGUUUUUGAGAAAUCAAUUUAUGAAUUUAACUACGUUAUUUCAGAAGAUGAUUCAAAGUCAGUGUCACCAUCAGUUGGUUUAGUUGGACAAGUUCAUGCUCGUGAUUUAGACAAAGGAUUUAAUUCAUUGAUUAGUUAUUCCUUGAAGCACAAUUCAGACUACUUUACCAUUGAUUCAACUACCGGAGUUAUCCGAAUCAAACAAGUCACUGUUGGCAAUAAAAUGACAUCUAAUGUUGGUAAAAACAAAAGACACAAUCGAGAUGCUAAAUUGACUUACAAUAGUCAAUUGGCCUUUUUAAAUCAAUUUAAUUUAACUGUUAUUGCUUCUGAUCGAGGUACAAUCCCUCAGUCAAGUGAAACCAAUGUAUUAAUUAGCCUUAAACCAACUAAAUCAUCUGAAUCAACUGGAUCAAUGCGAACACCAUCAUUGGUCCAUAAAAUUUCACUUCCAUAUGAUCUAUUGAAUGGCAGUUUACUUUACAGUUUAGGAGAUGAUUACAUUUUAAAAGAUUCCGGUAGCAAUAAGAUUGUAUCGCUAACAACUUCUGGUAAUGUUAUUUUUAUUGGCCAAGGAAUGGUUAAAAAGCGAGAAGAAUGGACUUAUAAAUUUGAAUCACUUUCUAAUCAUGGUUUGGUCACCUUAAUAAUAACAAUUUGUUCACCUAAUCGUUCCUCACCACGUUUCACCUCAGGCCAAAGUCAACUGGUUGUUCCUGAAAAUGAAUCUACAAAUGAUGUACUUACCCAAUUUAAAGCAAUGGAUGAUGAUGAAGAUACAGCUAAUUCCCAAUUAACAUACUCUUUUGAAAUAAUCGAGUGGACCUUUAAUGAGAGAGCAGGAGAUUAUUAUCGCCGAGUGAUUAAACCUCAAUUGGAACCAAGUGAAUCACUAUUAAUUAGUUUAUCAUUGAAGACUCUCCUAAAUCAAACCGUUUCCACUAAAAGUAUCCUAAAACCGUUUACAUUGGAUUCUUCAACUGGAAUUGUUUACCUUAAUGCUCCAUUAGAUUAUGAAUUGAUUACGUGUUACCGUCUCCGAGUAACAGCAACCGAUUCAGCUUAUUUUGCACCUCGAAAUACAUCAAUUAUGGUCAAUAUUCAUGUUACAGAUGUUAAUGAUAAUCCACCAAUGUUUGUAGGAUUGAAAGAUGGACGAUUAGUCUUGGAGACUCUGGAAAACAAUCCCAUUGGAUCUACAAUUGGAAUCAUUACAGCAACCGAUUACGAUUCACUUCGCUAUUCUCAAUUAACCUAUGAAAUAUUACCCGAACAAGAUUCAGGUUAUUUCACUCUUGGCUCUAAAAAUGGCCAUCUUUCAUCUUUGGUCUCUUUUGAUCAUGAAUCAAAACGAUCUUAUUCAAUCAAAGUAAUUGCUCGUAAUGAUCGUAAAGUAUUUACGACAGUUCCUGUUGAGAUAAGGAUUGGCAAUGUAAAUGAAUAUUUACCCAAAUUUAAAUCAUCCAGAUUCACCUUUGACAUAACAAAAUCAAUGACGGCUGGAAGUGUAAUUGGAAGUUUGGCUGAUAAAGCAACCGAUGAAGAUUACAAUGAAACCAUUUACUUUUACCUAAUUAAACAUGGACGAUUUGGUAUUGAAUUGGAUCGUAAUGGAACCCUUAGGUUAACCGAAACAAUUGAUUUUAAUGAUGUACAUUCAGAUAAAGGAUUGUCUUUUACUGUGAUUGCCAAAAAUGCUGGACCAAUACGAGAUCGAAGUGAUUAUGAUGAGGCUAAAAUUGUGAUAAACAUUAUAGGAGCUAAUAGACUUUCUCAUUUCAAUCAAUCCAAUUACAUUUGUAAUGGUGAUAAAAGUAUCUGUUCAGAUGAUUCAACUAGUCCUGAUGCAUUAUCUGUUGGAACCAUUUUGUUUGUCAUUUUUUUCGCCAUCAUUUUAUUAAUUUUAUUGGCAAGUUUUGUGAUAUUCCGUCAACAACGUAAAAGGCCAAUGCCUUCUUGCAUCGGAGGAACCAUUGGACAACGUAAAUUGGGUUUAAGACAAAUACCAAUCAACAAAUCUCAUCAUACACUUAAUGGAGCUCAUUCACAGUCAUCAUCAUUCCUUCAUUCAUCUCAUCAUAACCAGCCAACAGCACCACCAGCACCUCCACCACCUCCACCUCCAUUAACCAAACAACGUCCUCCAGAUGUCAUUGAAUCACCAGUCUCUGUGCCACCAGCUCCACCAAUACCUCAACGAGCACCUCCAAUGCCACCGCCAUCUUUCAUGACACCCUUUAGUGACAUUAACGAAGACUAUUCAGAUGUUAUGUUAACCGGUGGACAAUAUGAUCUUGAAAAUGCUUCUUCUAUCGCACCUUCAGACAUUGAUUUAGCUUAUCGUUAUAAACCUUUCCGAUCAGCAGUUUUAAAUGGACGUGACUCUCGUAAUGGUACAUCAGGUCAACACCAUCGACAUGCACCACUUGCAAGGCUUUCACCGUCUGUAAGUGAACUCACAGCUCCAAGGAUAUUAACUUUGAAUGAUCUUACAUCAACAAAUGGUCCACCCUCAGUGAUACCUUCAUGUCCACCUCGUCCCCCUGGACCACCAAAAUCAAAACUGGGACUUCCUCUUGUAACAUCUAAUCGUCAUCCCUACAACCAAAUGGUAGGACAAAAUCAAAAUCAUCUUAGAAUGGAUGAAGAGGAAGAUGACGCAGUCACAGAUGAUUCCUUUUCAUCGUCUGAAUUUGACGGAGGAAGCAGUAAUUAUGAAAGAGCUGAAAAUAAUAAAAAUAUAAUGUUAAGAAGAGUUUUAUGAUUUACUCAAAGAGUUAUUGAACUGAAAGGUUCAAAAUUUUAACUCAAUUCAGCCAAAUCAUAUUUUAUAUAUGUACAUAUUUAUAUAUACAGAUAUUUGUAUUUAAAAACAAACCAAGGAUCAGCGUUAAUAAUAAUUAAAGUAUCAAUUUUUGUGAAUUUCA